AUGGUGUCGCUGAAAGCAGGGAGCAGGCCACCAUGGGUAGGCUUAGGCGCUGCAGUUUGGGUAGAAAUAGCAGCAGGGAGUGCCUAUACUUUUCCUUUAUACUCUCCUUCACUGAAAUCAGUUCUCGGCUUCAACCAGCAACAGUUGACCAUUCUUGGAGUGGCAAAUGAUAUUGGGGAGAAUGUUGGGAUUCUUCCCGGCAUAGCCUGCAACAAAUUCCCACCUUGGGCUCUUCUUCUUGUGGGUGUUUUUGCCUCUUUCUUGGGCUAUGGUGUUCUUUAUCUCGCUGUUAGCCAAACUGUUCAGUCCCUGCCUUAUUGGGUUCUGUGGAUUGCACUAUGUGUUGCCACUAACAGUAGUGCAUGGCUGAGCACGGCAGUACUUGUUACCAACAUGAGGAAUUUUCCUCUCAGUCAAGGAACAGUUGCUGGACUACUAAAAGGCUAUAUUGGGUUAAGUGCUGCAGUUUAUACAGAGGUGUACAGUAUGGUGCUUAAUGGGUCAGCUUCAAAGCUAUUACUGCUCCUAACACUAGGCAUUCCCAUCACAUGUUUGGCAAUGAUGUACUUUAUCCGGCCUUGUACUCCAGCUUCUGGAGAAGACUCUUCGGAGCAUGCUCAUUUUCUUUUCACUCAAGGAACCAGUCUGUCCCUCGGAAUUUAUCUCCUCACAACGAUAAUCUUAAAAGACUCGUUAUCCCUCGGUAACACCAUCUCCUACAUAUUUGUCACCAUAAUGGUUAUUCUUUUGAUGGCUCCUCUAGCAAUACCAUUAAAAAUGACAUUAUUCCCUGCAAAACAUAAGAAACCUAGCCAAUCUGAUUUGCUCAGUGGCGACGGUGGUUCAACCCAAACAGAUCCUUUGCUGACUCCAUCUUCAUCAGCAGCAUAUCUUGGAAGUUUCUAUGAGAGCGAAGAUAUCUCAGAAGUGGAUAUUCUUCUUGCCGUAGGUGAAGGAGCGGUGAAGAAGAAAAAAAAACCUAGGAGAGGAGAAGACUUCAAAUUCCGUGAAGCUGUAGUGAAGGCUGAUUUUUGGCUCCUGUGGAUUGUUUCCUUUCUUGGGGUUGGUUCUGGAGUAACUGUCCUUAAUAAUUUGGCACAGAUUGGUGUUUCGCUUGGUGUAAAUGAUACGACAAUAUUGUUAAGUUUGUUCAGCUUUUGCAAUUUUUUAGGUCGCCUUGGGGCAGGAGUUGUUUCUGAAUACUCUGUAAGGUCAAAAAUGAUUCCUCGGACAUUUUGGAUGACAGUAACACAAAUAAUCAUGAUCUUAACAUUUCUUCUAUAUGCUUCAGCACUCAGUGGCACUCUCUAUGCUGCAACAGCAUUGCUUGGAAUUUGCUACGGUGUUCAAUUUGGCAUUAUGAUUCCAACUACAUCGGAGCUUUUUGGGUUGAGACACUUUGGAUUAAUAUUCAACUUCAUGCAGCUUGGAAAUCCAGUUGGUGCACUUCUCUUCUCAGGUUGGCUUGCUGGUCAUGUAUACGACGCAGAGGCAGCUAAGCAGCAAGUGUCGUCUUGCAUCGGUCCCAAUUGCUUUAGGUUCACAUUCCUUGUUUUAGCCGGAGUUUGUUGUUUGGGAACUUUCUUGAGCAUUAUACUGACCAUCAGAAUAAGACCAGUUUACCAAAUGCUUUAUGCGGGAGGUUCCUUCCGUCUGCCGCCAAGCUCUGAUAAUUGA